AUGUCGUCACCCGCUAAGCCGUUGAAGCGGACUCGCGCCGAGGAGGAUGAGCACGAUGCGCUCGUCGCUGCCGCUGUUGCAGAGAACCUUGCAGCAGAUGCCGUUUCGGAACCGAAAUCCAAGAAAGCACGCGUGGAAGCCAAUCGCUCGCUCUUCGUUCGGUCUCUCCCUGCCAACGCCACCAGCGAAUCUCUGACCGACUUCUUCUCAGAGCACUUCCCUGUCAAGCAUGCGACCGUUGUCCUCGACCCGACCACCAAGGCAUCUCGAGGUUAUGGCUUCGUUACCCUAACAGAUGCCGACGAUGCCAAUGAUGCCAAGAAGAAGCUCAACAACUCUCUCUGGGAGGGCCGCCGUAUCAGGAUCGAUCUGGCCGAAGCCAGACAUCGCGACAACAAGGACAGCGUUGUCGGCGCAGCCGCCUCUAGUGAGAAGCAAAAGCGUGCGCAAGCGCUCGAGGAGGCUAGAAAACCUCCUAAGCUGAUUAUUCGCAACCUCCCGUGGACGAUCAAGAAUUCCGAACAAUUGUCCGCCCUCUUCCGCGCCUACGGCAUUGUCAAAUACGCCGAUCUUCCCCAAAACAAGGGCAAGCUCAAGGGAUUCGGUUUCGUCACCCUCAGGGGACGAAAGAAUGCCGAGACUGCCCUGAAAUCUCUGAAUGGAAAGGUCAUUGAUGGAAGGCCCAUUGCCGUUGACUGGGCUGUCGAUAAGAGCGAGUGGGAGAAGCAGAACAAGGACGACAAAAACGCUGAGGGGGACGAGAAGCCGAAGACCAAGAAGAAGAAUGCUGCGAAGGAGGAAAAGAAGAAGGCACCUAGCUCCAAGAAUGACGAAGAACCCAACGACGCGGACGCCGAUUUGGAGAAUUUCAUGAAAACUUUCGGAGCAAACUUGGAGGACGAGCCGGAGAGUGAUGACAACAAAGACGAUGAAGACAAAGACGAAGAGGACGAAGAUGAAGACGAGCUGUUGGACGAAGAGGACUUCAGUGACGAGGAGGAAGAGAAGGACUCCGCUCCCAAAAAGCAGGCAUCAACCGGCAACCAAUCAACGAUAUUCAUCAGAAAUCUUCCCUUUACUGUUACCGACGAGCAGCUCAAGACACAUUUCGUCCAAUUCGGUCUUGUCAGGUAUGCGCGUGUUGUCAAAGACCGGGAGACUGACCGCCCGGCCGGUACCGGAUUCGUCUGUUUCGUCAAGGAAGAGGACGCGCGAGCCUGCAUCAAGGGCGCGCCGCGUACGCAGACCAGCGCCCUCCCAACUAAACACUCUGUGUUGCAGGACGAGACUGCUGAUCAGGACGGUCGGUACACUCUUGAGAGUAGACUACUGCAAGUCGCGCAGGCAGUCAGCAAGGACGACGCCGAGCGCCUGGCUGCCGACGGCAGCGCGAAGAGACGUGAAAAGGACAAGCGUCGUCUCUUCCUGUUGAACGAGGGUCAAAUCGAUACGAGAUCAGCCUUGUACCAGAGACUGACCCCGUCUGAAAUCAAGAUGAGGGAGCAGAGCGCCAAUCAGCGCAAGAAGCUCGUGCAGAGCAAUCCUACACUGCACAUCAGUCUGACCCGUCUGGCUGUCCGCAACAUCCCGCGCGACAUUGGUUCCAAGGAGCUCAAGGAGCUGGCCCGCAAGGCCUGUGUCGAGUUUGCUACAGACGUCAAGGAGGGUAAACGCCAGCCCCUGUCCAAGGAAGAAAAGGUCAGGAGUGCAAAGGAAGCCAAGGACGCCGAGCACGAGCGCAAGCUGAAGCGGAAGGGUAUCGUCCGCCAAGCCAAGAUUGAGUAUGAGAGUCGCGAAGGCUCCAAGGUUACAGAGGCUGCGGGCGGCAGAAGUCGUGGGUACGGCUUUAUUGAGUACUCAUCCCAUCGUUGGGCGCUGAUGGGUCUGCGCGUUCUCAACGGCUACCAGCUGGAGAACGAGAAUGGCAAGAAGCAGCGGCUCAUCGUUGAGUUCGCCAUUGAGAACGCUUCGGUGGUUGCCAGACGCAAGGCCGCCGAGAAGAACCUGGACCGAAACAGGAAGAACCAAGACGAUAAGAAGGAGGGCGGCGAGGCCGAGGCCGCCGAGGCCGAGGGCAAAGAACUACCCAAGAUGGCCUCAUUGAAGAAGAAGGGCAAAAAGGGAAAGAAGGGCAACAUGAAUAAGGGCCCCAAGGAUGACAUCAAGAAGGAGGCUAAGGAGGAGACCCCAGGUGCUGGAAAGAAGUCAGGUGUGGCCCGCGAAGACGUAAAGCCGAUGUUGAUUGCGAGAAAGCGCCUGAUGAGGAAGAAGAAGUCUGACGGCAGAGGAAAGGCGUAA